AUGUCCUGGCAAACAUACGUCGACACUAACCUGGGCAGCAGGGCGGCGUGUGGGCGACCAGCCCCGGGUUCGAGGCACGUAUCCCUCUCUCUCUCCGCGUUUCGCGUGCGAUCCUCACCCGCGCGCGCGCAGCUCUCGGCCGAGGAGCAGAAGGCCAUCACCGCGGCGCACAACAACACCGACAGCGUGCUCGCGUCCGGCGUACGGCUCGCGGGCACCAAGUACUUCGCAACGCAGGCGGACGCGCGGAGCAUCUACGGAAAGAAGGGGGGCGACGGAUGCGUGCUCGUGAAGACGAAGCAGGCGAUUCUAGUCACGGAGUACGUGCUGCCGGCCCAGGCUGGAGAGGCUGUGAAAGUGGUCGAGGAAUUGGCCGACUACCUGAUCGGCGUCGGCUACUAG